AUGUUCCUGACCGCGCUCCUGCGCCGCGGCCGCAUCCCCGGCAGGCAGUGGAUCGGAAAGCACCGGCGGCCGCGACCCGUGUCGGCGCAGGCGAAGCAGAACAUGGUCCGCCGCCUGGAGGUCGAGGCGGAGAACCACUACUGGCUGAGCCGGCCCUUCCUCACGGCCGAGCAGGAGCGCGGCCACGCGGCGGCCCGCCGGGCGGCCGCCUUCCAGGCGCUCAAGGCGGCGCAGGCGUCCAGGUUCCCCGCGCCCCGGCGGCUGGAGGACCAGCUCGGCCACCUCAGGGUCACAGAGAAGUGGUCCUGA